GCGCCCCUGCGCCGUAAGCCCGGCCGCAGUUCCCAGCCGCGAGUUGGAACGCGGAGUCUGAGGAGUCAGAGGUGCACAGCGGCUCGCGAUGGCUGCGUGGAGCGAGCGGCUGGCAGGCGUGCGCGGCGUGCUGCUCGACAUCUCGGGUGUCCUGCACGAUAGCUGCGAGGGCGGCGGCGUGCCCAUCCCUGGCUCCGUGGAGGCGCUGGCGAGACUGAAGCGGUCGCAGCUGAAGGUGAGGUUCUGCACCAACGAGUCACAGAAGUCCCGGGGGGACCUGGUGGGACUCCUGCGGCGCAUGGGCUUCGACAUCUCUGAGCGCGAGGUGACCGCCCCGGCCCCGGCCACCUGCCUGAUCCUGAAGGAGCGAGGCCUGCGGCCACACCUGCUCAUCCAUGACGGAAUCCGCUCAGAAUUUGCCCAGAUCGACACGUCCAACCCGAACUGUGUCGUAAUAGCAGAUGCAGGAGAAAGCUUUUCUUACCAAAACAUGAAUAAGGCCUUUCAGGUGCUCAUGGAGCUGGACAAUCCUGUGCUCAUAUCUCUGGGAGAAGGACGUUACUACAAGGAGACCUCUGGCCUGAUGCUGGACGUCGGUGCCUACACAAAGGCUCUCGAGUAUGCCUGUGGAAUCAAGGCCGAAGUGGUGGGGAAACCCGCUCCCGGGUAUUUCCAGUCGGCCCUGCAGGAGAUGGGGGUAGAGUCUCACGAGGCCAUCAUGAUUGGAGACGAUAUCGUGGGUGACGUCGGUGGUGCCCAGCGGUGCGGGAUGAGAGCCCUGCAGGUGCGGACGGGCAAGUUCAGGUUCUACAUCUACUUGACGUUGACUUGUGUGCAUGGCAUGAGGCCCAGUGACGAGCACCAUCCAGAAGUGAAGGCUGAUGGGUACGUGGACAACCUGGCAGAGGCCGUGGACCUGCUGUUGCAGUACGCGCACCAGUGAUGAGCCUCGUAGGGUCGCCCCGGCCUCAUUCCUCCCCUCCCCCAGUGCCCGGACCACCCAAGGCCCUGCCCUCUGCCCUUGGCCCCGGAUGGGCAGGCGAGAAGGUCCCAGCCAGGCACCUCUGGCUGCCCACUUCCUUCCUCUGUCUCCCUCUGCUUCCCCCCAACCCCCCCCCCCCCGGGGAGAGCUGUUCUUUCCGGGAUGUUCUUCCCCCGUAGUGAGGUUGGAGGGUGGGACAGACCUGUCUGGGAGCCAGCUCAGGGGAACCCUCUGGGUAUGGGCUGGAGGUGCUCCGGGGACACCCCGAAUCCCAGGUCCACAACUGCCCAGCCGCACCUGGUCCUGUAAAUGCUCCACCUACGGGGACUGGGACACCUCCCCACUGCGUCUCUACCAAACGUUCUUUUCUCACGAGCGAGGAGCCUGGAGAAGGCAGGGGCUUCCUGCACAGUCCACACAGCGCAGAGCUGAGCCAGCCUCCCUGGGACCACUCAGCGACCCCUGCCCACCUCCCGGCCCCCACCCAGAGUCGGAGUGGCCACUUAGCACCCAUCCCCCCCACCCCCCCGCCAACUGCGACAGCCCACUGCCUUCCCUACCCCACAAGUCACCUUGGAGCCAGAGGCUGGGGCAGCUCCCAGGGGCACCAAAGACGCCGUCCUACAGAGCAAGACUUGUAACCACUGGGAUCAAGGCUGCAGGCACAUAGGAUGCUUCUAACUCGAUAGACUUGAAUGUGUCAUGCCCGGUGUCUGCAGGGGCAACUAUGGGUUGAAUAAACUGCCCUGACCUACAGC